AUGGCUGUCAUAUCAGAAGAAAACCACAAGAAACGAAAGUUGCACCAAGACAAAGAGCUUGAGAUCGACAUCUCCGCACCUGAACCACCAUCGAAAAAGGCUCUGCGCAAAGCCAAGAAGAAGGCUGCUGAAAAUCCCUCCUCAGAAGUAUCUGAGAAAGCAAAGACAGACUCCUCCAAUGCUGAUCAUGAAGCGACUCCCACAGGUAAACGCUCGGAUUACGGGAUCUGGAUCGGCAACCUUGCAUUCUCUGUGACCAGAGAUGACUUGCGCAAUUUUUUCACUGGCAAUUGCUCCUUCACAGACACCUCAAUUACACGUAUUCAUUUACCCAAGGGACCAGCUGCGAGAGAUGGGAAGUCACAAAAUAAAGGAUUUGCCUAUGUUGAUUUUUCGACCAGCAAAGCCGCUGAAGAGGCGUUGGGCCUCAGCGAACAUCUUCUUUCUGGCCGCCGCGUUCUUAUCAAAGAUGCUAAGAACUUUGAAGGCAGACCCGAAAAACCAAAAGAAGAGGGACAGACUGCGACUUCGUCGUCCGGCUCCGGGAAUCCGCCGUCGAAGCGUAUAUUUGUCGGUAAUCUUAGUUUUGACGUGACGAGAGAAAUGCUUGAGGAGCAUUUGGGAAAAUGCGGGACUAUCAUAAAUACACAUAUUGCGACGUUCCAAGAUUCUGGGAAAUGCAAAGGCUACGCUUGGGUGGAGUUUGAGGAUCUAGCCGCAGCUGAAGCUGCCGUGAAAGGCUUCGUGAUGGCCCCGGAGGACGAAAUGGAAGAAGAGGCCGACGUGAAUUCUGGAUCCGAACCUGCCAAUCGAAAAUCAAACAAGCCUGAGAAGCGCCGACAGAAAAAGAUAUGGGUGAAUCAGCUUAUGGGUCGACGAAUGAGGAUUGAAUUCGCUGAAGACGCAACAACGAGGUACAAAAAACGCUUCGGCAAAGAACGGGAAGGCAAGACGAUGAAUUCGUCGGAAAUGGUCGAAGUUGAAGACGAGGGGAAGGAGCCUCUUGAUGAUCAAAGCAGACGUCGGCAACCUGCACGAACGAGUAGCCAGGGAGCCAAGCAUGAUGCCAAGAACAACUGGGGAUAUGACAAAGAAACCGUACAGAAGCUUAGCGGUGCUAUUGUCGAACCUCAGGGCAAAAAGAUUACAUUCGACUGA